AUGAGCGUGUGCGGGGAGGGGGGAAGGAAGGCUCAGGAAACACGGUGCUUGCGUCGAAAAAAUCCUGCUGCCGAUGUCAAUACAUGCCGCUUCCUCGCGUCACAAACCCCAGUUGCUAGCGCCGCCGCUGUUGCUGUUACCGCUGUAGCUGCAACACAUGCUGCCGUCGCAGGAUGCUGCCUCUGCAGGCUACACACACACAUUCAAAUAGCGAAGACGCUCAGAUCGCGCUCAACGAGCACAGGUCCUGCCGGUUCUGAGGAGUUUUAUGAGCAGCCAGGAAACGAAGAGCACAGCGCUCUGACUGCAGAUUGCGCUGUUCAUCGUGGAGCCGCUUCUGUGCGGUCUUGCUGCUCCUUUGCCGUUUUGAGGGAAGCAAGCGCUGCCGCAGUGCUGAUACAACAACAAGCGGCGACAGCAGCAGCAGCAGAGCUGCCACGGACGCUGCACCAACCCAUGCCCCCUACGAACUACGGCCCCUUUGAGAUUUCCGUCGAAACAAACAUUGGGGGGCGGAAGCACCAGGAGGAUCGUUUUACCGUGUGCCCUGCACUCCUUGCCGGCAGGAAUGACGUGGCGUUCUUUGGAGUAUUUGACGGCACUGUUGGAGACUUUGCAUCGGACUCUGUGAAGGAUUUGGUAGUGCCUCAUUUAGUGUCGAGUGGGGGGUGGCAGCGAGCGGCAGCCUUUCUCUCAGAGAGUUGUGGGGAGGCUGCAGCGGCUGCUGCUGCUGGCUUGCCAGAGGCGCUAGCGGCAGCAGUGCGUUCCAUGUAUACGGGGGCAGAUGCGGAGCUCAUCGAAUUAUGCCGUCAGCGAGCGAAUGACUACGCAUCCAGCACGUCUGUGACUGCCAUCCUUGCGGGUGGCUUCCUCGCCAUUGGGCAUCUGGGUGAUAGCAGAAUAGCGAUCGGCGUGGAACGGGAGGAGGGGAACGUAGAGGGCGAAUUCGCCACUGUGGAUCACAAGCCCAACAUGCCCCUCGAGCAAGAGCGCAUUAUUGGGAAGGACCUGAAGGGAUAUGGGCUGAGUUGUGAGCCAGACGUGCGGGUAGUGCGCCUUUCUGACCGACACAAGUUGAUGAUUCUCGCAACUGACGGCCUCUGGGAUGUCUUCUCAGCAACGCAGGCUGUCCAGAUCGCAUGGGCGGCGCAUCAGCAAGGAAAGCCUGCCUCACGAGAAAAUCCCUCCGACUCGUUGGUGCAACACGCACUGGCAGACCAACAGGAGAGGGGGCACUGCGCCGACAACAUCACUGCAAUGGUUGUUUUCUUCACGCCUUGA